AGAUAUUCAUCAACAAAAAUGAAGUAAACGGCCUAUUAAGGCCCAAAAGCAUGGUGACAGGUGCAUCUAUUUUGUGUAAUUCAUGAAUAAAGCCCACUGUGCGUUUAAAAUGAAAGAUACGGACUUAAACAGCCCUGGAUUUAGUAGAAACUCAAAAGUGGUUCAGUUUUUUGACCUGUCAAGAGGCCUUGGUAUCAGAGUGGUAGGUGGAAAUAAACCAGAUGACGCUGGAAGCAGUUUCGGGAUUUUUAUCAAGAAAAUAAUUCCUGGUGGUGCAGUGUCUACGGAUAAAUCAAUAAAAGUGGGAGAUGAGAUAAUACAGGUUAAUGGCAUUGAUCUGACUAAGUCAAGUAACCAAAGGGCUGUAAACAUUCUGCGUCAAUCGUCAUCAAGUGUGUGCGUUACAAUGACAAUCUCUGGAGAUGAGUAUGCCAGAUCAGAGUUUGCAAGAUAUUUAAAAUUGAGCGAAACAAAAGCACAGAAGAAGCUACGAAUGGUGGCUAAUAAUGGAAGAGAUUCGAUGAUCAGUGACAUCACAAGUUCAGGUGACGAGUUAAAUGAGGAUUUACCAAACUCCAUUGAUAAGUUUGAAAUCAGAAUUAAAAUAAAGAAAACAAACGCUGGGAUUGGACUCAGAGUUCAAGAAGAGGAUUGUCACCAUUAUCCUGUGUGGCUCGUAUCUGCAAUAUUUCCUGGCAGUGAUGCCGCAGAUAAUGGCCAGUUAUGCUGUGGGGAUAGAAUCACAAGUUUGAAUGGCAACACUGUUGUGGGUUUCACAGCAGAUCAGUUGCAUUCAUUGUUGCUUCGUGAAAAACUGAGGCGGGAACCAUGUGUCAACAUCGGGUAUGUUCCUUCAAAUAUUCCGUUGUCAGAUUUAUUUCCACGAAGAUAUGUGAACGGUACAACAACAUCUAGACUCUCAAUUUCAAGCACAAGUCCAAGGAACUCCAACAAUGAUGUUUCGUGUAGAGUCAACCAAUCUGCUCAAACAACAGAAACAUCUGAUUUGAAAUUUGAAGCUUUUCCAAAGCCGGCUCCCAGAUCCCGGAGGUCGACCGCAUCUUUCAAGUCCUCCGGAUCAAGCUCCUCCUCUUCAAACAUCCAGCGUUCAUCACCACAAAGAAGAAUGUCGUUCAGUGAAAACGAAAAAAUUGAGGUUUACAAACUAUGUGAAGCGCUUAACUACCUCGGUACGGUUUCAAGCGAAGAGCAAAUUACGCAGCUGAAAAGAGCAUUAAAAAAAUCGGACAAUGAUCUAGUACAGUACGGAGAUUUUGUGAAAGCCAUGCUAAAGGUGUUUCAUGAGCAGCUACACACACUGUAUGUUGAUAACUCACUUUUAAAAAAUCACACAAGUGAUGAAUCUAAUCCUUAUCUAAAUGGAGGUCCAUCUUCAGUAAGGAAAACAUCUAGUAAUACAGAAACGGAAUCGAAACUGACAGAGGAACUAAAAGAGUUAAAAGAGAAAAUGCAGCUUAUUGAGAGCGAGAAUACUCUCCUGAAAGAGCAGUUAGCUGCCAUGAAGGAUUUCCAUCGUAGGAACGCAUCCGAGGUGGAUAACGCAAGGAUGGCAUCUCAGAGGGAAUUGGAGAACAUCAAGUUAGAUUAUGAAGAAGUUAUUCGUUCUCUUGAAGCAGAGUUAACAAACCUGCAGUCGAGUGAAAACUGCUUGGCUAAGCUUGAUCCUAACAACGAGAUGGAGAAGCAAGUAGCUGUAGCUGAGUGCGAGUGGAGGAAACUGGAUAUUGUGCGAAAAUCAAACGAGGAAACGGUUGAAUGCCUACUUGCGUUUGUCAAUAAAGUUGUUCAAUCUGAUGCAAAAACUUACGUGAAAUACAACAAGAGCCACGAAGCGAUUGAAACAUUAGAGCAACUUGCUACUGAAGCUGAGCAUCUGUAUCUUACUGUUAGGUCGGAGUCCAGGAAGAAAGAACUUCCGUUCGGAUGGGAGCAAGCGAGCCUGGGUGACGGGAGGAUUUAUUUUAUCGAUCACGUGAACCACAUCACUUCGUGGUCGGAUCCGAGGAUCAAGAAGAAUGAAGAGGAAGAAAGGGAGAAGAAUGUGUCGUCCUCCCCUGGUUCAACAGCUGCAGACGACGAACCAAUAUACAGCGAGCCCCCUCCCUCUGUUGAUUCUCCGCAUUCUUACGCCACACAGAAUGGAAUCAACACAACUACUGAAUCCCCUUCCUCAUUUAGAGUCAAAAUGAGGCGCGUGUGAAAUUGAACUCCAAACAUAUUACUACAAUGGUCAUUUUAGGUAGACUUGCACCACAAAGGUAUUUUUAAAAUAGUUUUAAACUUCAGGUGGUUAUGGUAAAUUUGGGACGUUUGGGGCCUUUUUUUCGUAUUUAGGCGUCAGUUAGAUUUAGAAGUUUUUCUGGUAUACAACACUCGCAUUUUCCUGUUAAAUCCAACCAGUGUGUGUCCUGUUGUAUUGCAACAACACAUAUUUAACAUCGUGAAUUGAAAUUCCAUCACCACGUUUUCUACCUCUUCUCCACAAGCUUACAUAACAGUGCUUCAAUCCAGUGUUGCCGCCUUAAAAGUUUGCACUUUUAACCCCUAUUACACAACACACACACGUUAGUUCCAUGGUAUGUAAAUGGAAACACUUGCAGCCAAACCUACAGUAUUUUUCACUGUCUUUAACACAUUUUUCUAUGUAUAGGAAAAUAAAGCACACCAAAACCUAGUUUUUCACACACACAACCCCUUUAGUUCAAUAAUGUCAUAUAUUACACGUUUUUAGAUAACUUUACACACAUAGUAUAAUCUGAGCUGUAAUUCCAACAUAUAUUCACAUUCACCACUGUUUAUUAUUUGCUGUGAAUCUUUUUGCCAACAAUUCUAUAUUAUUGACGUACUUCAUCAGCUGUGCCACAAUAUUUUAUACUCGCGGCCAUUACUGUCGUAUCAACUUAUGUGCGUUUUUUAGUAAAUUAAUAAAAUAAUAGGUAUGGGUA